AGAUUAAUAUAAAUUACUCAUUAACUCUUAUCGUAUUCAAUUUUUUCUCUCUUCAUUUUUCAUUCUUCAACGUUCGCAAUUUUUUUCAUCGGAUCUGAAAAUUCCGAUCACCGGAAACUCGAUCCGCCACCGCGAAUAACGGAUUUUGUUCUAACAUUAAUAGAUCUAGAAGAAUCCAAAUCGGAAAUUGAAAAUUUGUAACCCUAAUUUAUUAAUUAUUAACCUAAUUUUUUUCUUCAAUUUUGAAUACGUAACCGAUUAACGGUUUUUUUGUUUGUAUUGUUGUUGUGUGAUUUGUUUUUUUCGUUGUGUGAUUAAUUAUUCAUGGUUUUUGGAUCGUUAUUGGAUUUUGAAAUUUCGAAGAAUUUGAUUGAAAUGGGGAAAGAAGUUGAGGAUGUUGAAGAAGGUGAGAUUUCUGAUUCUGCUUCAUUGGAAGAGAUUACUGAAGAAGAUUUCAAAAAGGGUGAUGAUGUUAAGGUGAAUAACAGUGAUGUAAAGACGGAUAAAAGUGAUAAUAAGGUUAAAACUGGUGGUGGAGGUGGUGGUGGUGGUGAUUCUAGGGUUUGGGCUGUUCAGGAUUUGUAUUCGAAGUAUCCGACUAUAUGUCGAGGUUAUGCGUCGGGAUUGUAUAAUCUUGCUUGGGCACAAGCUGUUCAGAACAAGCCUUUGAAUGAUAUUUUUGUUAUGGAACUUGAUAAAAAUGCUAAUGCUAAUAGUAACAAUAGUGGGAACAAAGAUGGUGAGUUGAAUAAGUCGUCGAAGGAGAUUGUUGUAGUGGAUGAUGAUGAUGAAAAAGAGGAAGGGGAGUUGGAGGAGGGUGAGAUUGAUGGUGAUGCUGAUGAUGAUUGUGUUAUUGUUGGUUCUGAGAAUUUUUCAAAUUCUGAGGUGCUUGGUGUUAGAGGUGUUCUUGAGGGUGUUACUGUUGCGAGUGUGGCGGAAUCGUUUGCUGAAACUUGUAGAAGGAUUCAAGGUACCUUGCAGAGCAAAGUGUUUUCUGGAUUUGAUAGUGCCGAAAAAGAUGAUCUUGUUCGGUUGUUGUUUAACGCUGUUGAAGUAGUUUAUUCUGUGUUCUGCUGUAUGGACAAUUUGCAAAAGGAAGAGAAUAAGGAUAAUAUAUCCAGAUUGCUUUCUUUUCUGAAGAACCAACAUUUAUUUACUAUGGAGCAUAUGAAAAAGAUUCAGGUCAUGAUUACUGUAAUUGAUUCUGUAUUUGCUUUGGGCAAUAAUGAGGUUGUUGGCAAGGAAGAAAAAGUGGAGGCCCUUAAUACGACUGAGCAAAUUCCUGGUUUAAAAGCUGAUGAGUAUAUUUCUUCUAGUCAGCUUGUCCAUGAUAACUCAACAUAUGCAUCUGAAGCCUUGCAAUAUGGACAAAGCAAUGUUGUAGGAAGAGGGCUUAUGCUCCCUCUGUUUGACCUACAUAAGGACCAUGAUUUAGACAGUUUACCGUCACCCACACGAGAAGCUCCAUCGUGUUUCCCUGUGAAUAAAUUGUUUUCGGACCUUGGAGAUGGGAUAGAUAGAUUUGGGUUGCCUCCUGCUGUUUGUACAGAGGCUGAGAAGAUGGAACUGGAUGGGAAAGAUUCUAAGUUGCACAUCUAUGAAACUGAUGCUUUGAAAGCUGUUUCCACAUAUCAACAAAAGUUCAGUCGAAGUUCAUAUUUUACAGAUGAUAAGUUUCCAAGUCCAACUCCUUCGGGUGACUGUGAGGGAGAAGCUGUAGACACUAAUGAUGAGGUUUCUAGUGCUUCUAUAGCUUCUUCGCUAACAAGCUUUAAGCCACCUCCCUUGGAUCAGAUUCCUGUUUCUUCUACUUCACUCGAUAGGCCUAACAUGCAUGGAUUAGUUGAUUCAAGAAUUGAUGCCACAGGUUCUGGGUCUUACCCAGCAAAAAGUUCAGCGAAGAGUAGAGAUCCUAGGCUUCGUUUCAUUAAUCCUGAUGCAAGUACGUUAGAUCUUAAUCAAUCUUUAGGGACACAUAGCAUGCCUAGAGUGGAAUAUGGUGGAAGAGUAAUCUCAAGAAAGCAAAAGACUGUUGAGGAGCCUUCAUUGGAUGCUACUGCUCCCAAAAGACUUAGAAGGUCUUUGGAAAAUUCCGAGCACAAUACCAGGGAGGAAAGAGCUAUGGCUGGAAAAGGUGGUUGGUUUGAAGAAAAUACGGUGGCUGGAUCUCAGUUGGCAGAAAGGAACCAUUUAAUGCAAAAAGGGGAAACUGAACUCAAAAGGACUAUCAGUACUAGUUCUAGUAAUUUGACCGUGUCAAAUAAUGGAAAUGAGCUGGCAUCCGUUACUAGUAGCAGCGCCACAGCUUCCUUACCCACUUAUUUAUUGAAUAAUGUUGCUGUAAAUCCAGCCAUGUUAAUACAUAUGAUUUUAGAGCACCAACACAAUGAAGCAGAAGCCCAAAAGAAACCAGUUGAUUCAGCGAGGGGAACGGAUGCAACUGUUAACACUGGUCCAGCAAUGACUGCCGGUCUUACGCAAAGUUCUGUUGGAAUACUUCCAGCUUCAUCACCAGCAACUUCCAUGACACAAACCCUACCAGAGGAUUCUGGAAAGAUUCGCAUGAAACCCCGGGAUCCACGUCGUUUUCUCCAUGGAAGUAGCACUCUCCAGAAGUUUGAUGUCAGGGUUGAGACAAAAUUGGCACCUAUUCAGUCAAUUGCACAACCUGAUAUUACUCGACAGUUUACCAAGAAUCUGAAAAACAUUGCUGAUAUUAUGUCCGUUCCCCAAGAAACAUCAUCAAACCCUCCUGCUACUCAAAAUGUUUCUUCUGCAUCUGUUCCCUUUAUGUCAGAUAGAUCUGAGCAGAAAUCUGGUGUACCUAACUCUCAGAACCUGAAAGAUGGUGUAGGAUCAGCUCCUGAAACAUGUGCACCAGGUUCCUCUCGACCCCAGAAUACAUGGGCAGAUGUUGAGCACCUCUUUGAAGCUUAUGAUGUGAAGCAGAAAGCUGCUAUACAAAGAGAGAGAUCUAGGAGGCUUGAAGAACAGAAAAAAAUGUUUGCUGCUAGGAAGCUGUGCCUUGUAUUGGACCUUGACCAUACACUUCUUAAUUCUGCCAAGUUUGUCGAAGUUGAUCCUGUGCAUGAUGAGAUGUUGAGAAAGAAAGAACAAGAAGACCGUGAAAAGCCUCAGAGACAUCUUUUUCGUUUUCCUCAUAUGGGAAUGUGGACUAAACUCAGACCAGGAGUCUGGAACUUCCUGGAGAAGGCUGGUAAACUCUUUGAGAUGCAUCUUUACACUAUGGGAAACAAACUAUAUGCAACUGAAAUGGCAAAGGUGCUUGAUCCAAAGGGAGUACUGUUUGCCGGUAGAGUUAUUUCUAGAGGUGAUGAUGCUGAAACAGCUGAUACUAAAAGCAAAGAUUUGGAAGGCGUUUUGGGUAUGGAAUCGUCUGUUGUAAUUAUAGACGAUUCUGUGAGAGUCUGGCCUCAUAACAAACUGAACCUUAUAGUGGUUGAAAGGUACACAUACUUCCCAUGUAGCAGGCGUCAAUUUGGGCUUCCUGGCCCCUCUCUUCUUGAGAUUGACCACGACGAGAGACCUGAAUCUGGAACUCUGGCAUCCUCUUUGGGGGUGAUUGAGAGAAUACACCAAAACUUUUUUGCGUCUCAAUCCUUGGAAGAAGUGGAUGUCAGAAAUAUCCUAGCUUCAGAACAGAGGAAAAUCUUGGAUGGUUGUCGUAUAGUAUUUAGUAGGAUGUUUCCUGUUGGUGAUGCCAAUCCCCACCUUCACCCAUUGUGGCAGACAGCUGAACAAUUUGGUGCUUCUUGCACAAACCAAAUUGAUGAUCAGGUUACUCAUGUAGUUGCUCAUUCCCCUGGGACUGAUAAGGUGAAUUGGGCUAUUGCCAAUGGAAAAUUUGUUGUCCAUCCUGGCUGGGUGGAAGCAUCAGCAUUGCUUUAUAGACGGGCUAAUGAGCAAGAUUUUGCCAUUAAACUAGACAAAUAACCACCUAAUAAUCCUCUGGUAAAUUAAAAUACGUGAAACGUAAAUCAAUCACAUUGAUUUCGGGUGUGUGAAUUCAUUAGGUCCGAACUGGUCAGGGAAAACAGUUUUAAAUUGUGACCGCCUGUCCAUUGGAGGUGGUUAUUGGUGAGUGGGUAUUUAUUUGGCUGGCCCGAUGCUGAGGAGUUUACGGAGGAAUGUAUAAAUGCCCUUUGAUUGUUGGGAUUUUCCUACUGGCUUUGGUGGCUACGGUGGGCUGAGAAAAUGAGUUGACUGCUUUAGGGACUAGGUGAGUGUUAUUGUGGGGAUGACUUAUGUGAACCAGAGAUGGUGACAAGAGGGAAAUAUACAUCUGCCGACAGUAAAAUUAGAGGCCUCUGCAUUUAGAGUGUUAAAAUAUGGAAGAAUUCAGACUGAAGAUAUAUUGACUAAACUAAUUUAGGAAAUUUUUUCCUUGAUUAGUCCUUGAGUCUAAGGAGGUGAGGGCGCUAGACAAAGUCAGGAUUUUUUUGGAGGUGGAUAGUUGGCCCAGCAAAUUGAGUUUCUUAUAAUUGAAUUUGUAUAACAAAAUGUGACUGCAUAAAGCAUUUUAGGGGGAUGAAAUUAAUUACCAUUCACCAUUCCCUCCCCCAAAAACAAAUAAAGUUGGUUAGGGAGGGAGAGGAUAGAAAAUGAUAGAAAGUGUGUCUAAAGUCUAACCACAAAUUGUAGUCAAGGUCUUUUAUCCCAUUGGUUGCUUCAGCCUUCAAUUUAUGCCAGGAUUUGUCUUUAAAACAAACCCAAUUGGAAAAUUUUGAGAAUUUGUAAAAACGGCAAUAUCAUUCAUCAUGUUAUUUUUGCUGAGAAUCCCAUUAUGGCCAAAACAGUAAGAAGUUUGAAAAAA